ACGCUCUGGCAACGCCGGAAACAGCUGGGGCAAUUUCGCAUCGAUUCUGUUUAUAUUAUUUCUGGAAAAUGUUGAAACUCCACCGAAAACUGAUGCAAAAUGUAAAGCGCAAGGAAAGGACUUAAUGGCUGUCACAACAUGAUUCCCUGGAUGCGCGAAAAAUUCAACGAAAAGCGCGCGAAGUGGCUCUCGCGGAGUAAUCGGUCAGCCACUCCACAUAGUCCCGGGAGCAGUCGCCUUCACACCGCCAGCAGUGCCAGCGAUGCCGAGAGUCUCAGCUCCGCCUCGCUAAAUGUGCCCACCACGGAGACAGAGACCCAGACAGACGUUGUCGUGGGCGGCAGACCCGUUGUGGGUGGCGGCAGCUGUGUCAUGCGCACGCCUUCGCCGGCUCGGAGGCGUCGCAUGCACCUGGAGCUGCAACUGCAUAUGCAAGCCACCCACAAUGGCCCUGGAAUGUCCAGUGCUGGUGGAGGAGACCCACUAGACACACCCACUCCAUACCAGCAGCAUGAAAAUGCUUUGUUCCUCAGAAAGACAUGCCAGUCCGGCCGCGUCGACCCGGAGGGCUCGACGGGAGCAGAGGGCGAGGACUCUCUUAAGGCGACCGAUUCCAUCACGGUGCGCGUCAUAUGUCCCAGUUCGCGGGUCCUCGUCUUUAAGACGAACGUAAACAAGCGCCUUAACGAUCUGAAGAGCGAGGUCAUCCUGGAGCUGAGCGACGAUCCCGAUUCCAUCCAGCUGUUUGCCCCCGAUGUGCGCCACCUGAAUCCGCGCUACCGCCUCUAUCGGGCCGAGUACUAUGGCGCGGAGCUGAACGAGGCCGAGACGUUGGCCCAGCUCCAGGUGCGCCAAAACGAGACUUUUAUACUCUCGGCCAGGCGCAGUACGCUCGCACAGACGGUGUCGCGUAUCCGGGAGGUGCCUGGGCCCAACGAGCAGCUGCUGGAGAGCGCUACGCGUUAUGUGCCCACCAACGCCUGCUCGCUGCCAACAAUCGACAUCAACGAGAUUUUUCAGCAGUCGAACAUUCAAUACGAUGUACGCAAGGUACUGAUCUCCUUGGCCCAGGCCUCGGCUGCCGUCUUAGGGGCUGGGCCGUAUGCCCCUCGCCUGAUAACCAUGCUGAAGCAGCGCCUGAUCAACCGACGCAACCACCAGUCGGACACACUGCAGUGCCUCGUGGAUAUGGGAUUCAAGAGGGAAAUGGCCGCUUUUGCCCUGAAGGCCAACAGCGGCAUUUACUCCAGCACCUUGGAGUGGCUGAUACAGAACCAGAACGAGGAUAUCCUGCAGGAACCGAACAUCAAUAUGCAGCAGAGCAUGUCCUCUAUAUCGCCCUCGGCUAUUGUCACGAAUAACGAAACCAUCGAGAACACCGCUGCGCUCAUGGAGAUCGUGCGCAUCUACAGUCACCGUGACUCGCCACCCAGCGACGAGAUAGUCGAAUCUCUCACCGAAAUGGGCUUCGAGGAGGCGGCCGUGGUAUCGGCGCUUAAGAGAACCGGCAACAACAAGGCCUCCGCCUGCGAGUGGCUCUGCGACAAUCGUACCGGCAGUGUGAUUGAGCUGCGCGAGGGUCUGGCCCCCGAUUCUCCCAUCCUAAAAGUUAUUCUCGAAAUGCCGCAGGUCCAAAUGACGCUCAGCAAUCCCAAGACAUUUUUAGCAUUUCUGGCCAUUCUGGAGAACGAGCAUGCAAUACGCGUGUGGCGUGGCGAUAACGACACCACCUCGAUCAUCACACAUAUCCUGCAAAAGUACCAUGAGGAGAAGCAUGUGCUGGGCAUCAAUCAGUUCUAUACGAACCGAUGGUGAACUCGACCCGGCUAGAUGCUGCAUCUGCUGCAACUGCGCCCCAAAGUGGCUUUAUAAUGAGAUUAACCAAAUUAUAUUUAUACAUACGCAUACUAUAAACAUACAUACAUACAUAAAUAUGUGUGCACUCAUACCCAGGCGCUUACCAGAAGCGAAUGCCUGGAGCCGGUCCCAUUUUUGGGUCCUUCAGCACGUAUGUUUGUGUAUGUGUGUGUCUUAUGAGUA